CCAUCCCCCGCCGGGUGCCCUCCUCCGCCUCCGUCAUCGCCAGUUUUCCGCUUCUUUCCGUCUCUUUUUAAUAGCACGUCCCUCACGAACAGUCUUCCUUGUGAUACUCUUUCUUCCCGCACUACGUCCUCUGCUCGCAUCUCGCUCCCCGCCAUCAUGGAGACCGCCGCCCACAUCGACCAGGUCCUCGACCACGCCACCAAGAGCUCCGAUUUCAUGGAUUCUUCUGCCCCCAACUACUACGACCCCCUCAAUGGGCUCGACUACCUGCAGUACCCCCCGCACUCCCCCUUCAGCGUCUCCAUGGGUCUCCCCUCCACCACGUCCCCUCGCAUGGGCUUCAACUCGCUCAACCUCUCCGGUGGCAUGAACGAGUACACGUACUCGUCCAGUGGCAACUACAGCACCAGCUCCCCCGCCCGCCCCUUCACUCCCACGGGCAUCUACCCCGGCGCGCUCUCCAACCUCUCCACCGGCGAGCUGUCUUCCGACAGUGUCGGUUCGAGCCGGAGCCGUCGCGGUAGCGGCAGCCACUCCCCGGGCCCCGUUGUGCCUCCUGGUUCGCUUGCGGCGAUCCCUCGCUCGCACCGCUUCAACCCCCUCGGCGUCGCUGCAAUCAGCCGUUCUUCGGCUCGCCAGCAGCAGCAGAAGAAGCGUUCCAAGGCCUCCGACGAGUUUGCCAGUGAUGACGACGAGGACUUCAACCCGAUGCCCUCCAAUGCCGCCAACAACGACAUGCGUCGUGAGGAGAUCCGCCGCCAGCGGAUCGAGUCCGAGCAGCGGAGGCGGGAUGAGCUCCGUGACGGUUACCGCCGUCUCAAGGACGCUCUCCCGGUAUCGAACCAGAAGUCGAGCAAGGUCUCCUUGUUGGAUCGGGCCACCACGCACAUUCGUUACCUCGAGAUGACCCAGCAGCAGCUGCAGACACGCCUGCAACAGGCUGAGGCCGAGACCGCGCACCUCCGCCAUGUGAACGAGGCCCUCAUGCUCGGCACCGCUGAGCAGCGUCACGCCGCGGCGGCUUCUGCCGUCGCCGCUGCUCACCAGGUUGCCGCUUCGGCCGGCCAGAACUUCUGAGCACCCGCGCGCUCCCGCCUCAAAAGCUCGUCUCGCGCGUCUGGACGCGCCGAGCCACGCCUGCCCUGUAUUAUUGUAUCACGACUGUAUCAAGACCCCGCACGAGACUGGAUUCCCUGCCAGGACGCAGUGGAAGCUGACGAUCACACGGACUAUCACACAUUCCCCUUUACACAUUUUUAUUCACUUCAUUACACCCGGCACUUUUCAUCCCCACGCUCCCCCACCCUCUUCCCCCUUGUCCCCACCUUCGGGUGGUGCUCAUGCUACGGGUUGAGCAAGGUCGCCCCCGAGCUCCCCGGAACGCUUCGCAGCUGCGCCGCGCGGUCGCGUCGUCCCUCCCGGACGGCGUGUACCGGAGAACAGUAAACGAGAACCCCUUCGACCAUGGCGCCUACGGAUCGGCUUGAAGCAGGGGCGUCGACACGACACGACACAAGACCCGCAGGACCAGACUUGAGGCGUGCGCGUCCACAGCGACGCGCGCUGCCUCGUCCCCUGCGCGCACUUCUUGUUUUUCACACCCACACGGUAUUGUCGUACGUCGACCCUUCCCGCUCGCCUUCCCAGCCCCGCCUAGUGCACGCUGCGGCUGAUGGCGACGACCACUUAACUGUGGUUCCGUGCCUCGCCGCUGCAUAUGUGUACGCCGACACACCGGCACCGAAACCCUCGUCUGCGCUCUCAUCGUUCCCCUUCCCCCUCGGAUCAGCCACCUCACUCCUCCCUUCCGCUACGGCACCUCCCCACCUAUGCCCGUAUGACCUCUUCCUGUGCUGGCGCGUACCGGUAGCGCCUGAUCACCGCCACUGGAUCGUGCUGCACGAUGUCUUGCCCCGCUUCUCCAUCUAUUCCUAUUCCCCCUGGCUCCUGGUACCAUCGACGCGCCCACGAGCUCCGGUUCAAGCUCGUGGCGCCCGCGCGCCAGCGACGCAGCGCACUUCCCGACAGCACGCGCUCGCGCACGGCGCGCCUAGCCAGGGCUGGAAGACAUGGCGAGGCGCGGGCCUCACUCGACGUGGAUAUGCAUCCUUCCCCCGGACCACCCGCCCAUCCCUACGAACGACCACGCGUACCCGAGCUGACGCUCGAUGCUGCCUCACGGCCUCCGCCUGCCCGAAGCUUGCGACUCCUCGCUGCCCCGAACGCUCCGUCCUGUCCGCCCCUCCGCUGGCUGCGCGCGUGCUAGUUCACGCCCUCCGGCCGAUGUUGUGCGAGUGCGGUGAUGUUCGAGCGCGUGCGGUGAGUUGUAGUUGUGGGCUUGUGGUGCCGGUGGUGAGCGCCCUGCGCGCACCUGCUUGCGGGUGUGUGCGGGGCCCGCCUGUGUGGCGGCGCUCCUGCUGUCUUCCGCUCACAGUACAACGGUCUGUUCGUAUGGUCCCGAUGCCCCCGCGUUCCCCAUGCCCGCCCUAUGCCCCGGAUAUGUCGCCCCUCCCGCCGUCCGCUGUAGUGUGCAGGGUGGAGGUCCCGGUGCGCGGCGAGGCUACAGUGCGUGCUUGCGCGCGCUGUCUAGGACGUCCUCGCUGCCCCUCGACCCGCCUUCGCAUGCUUCCCCGUCCCCCCGUCGCUGUUGCUGUCGUCGCAUCCUGCCCGCUGCUUUCUCCGUCGCCGCAUGGCCGCGCGUGUCGGUCGCGCUCCCCCCGCUCCCGCUCGCCUCCCUGUCCUGCUCUGCACGUAGUAGUUAGUAGUCGAUGUCUCACGCAUAUCACGUUAUUCACGCUAUUCAUGACUGGA